GUGUGUUUUCAGGUGGUAGCUAAACACGACUGAAGGAGGAACCUACAGUUUGAGUCUCAAUCUUAGAAGUGAGAUCUAAAGAACAAAUAGAACAUAGACAAGACUACACAGUAGAUGCAGACGGUGGAAAAGAAAAUCACCUCACACUCAAGUCAAAGAGGAGAUUAUUCACAAAUAUCUCGUCAUAACAACUCCCGGACAUGACUGUUGUCUGGAGACUCGUAUUGUUGCUGCUUACAGCAGCCCCUACAGGCGCCCCUUCACUGUGUUCUUACUCUGUAACACCCAUCAAGUUUGGCUUCCGGAUUGAUUUCUCAAACUCUCCCAGCGGUGACUACAACAUAGCCUUUACUGAAGACGGCCGACCAGAUAUUAAGAUAACAUCCAACGUUCCUGUCUCCAACCAAACCUCAUCAUAUGACAUCCAAGGGCUGAAGCCCUGCACUGAAUAUGAGCAUCACGUCACAUUUCUUCACAGUGAUGGAAACGUAACAUUGUGUAACGGCUCCAAUUAUAAAUCUACAACAACUGAAAUGAAUGCCGGUGACGUUAAAGAAGUCAACUCCAAACCUGGACAUGUUUGUUACCAAACUGAUUGGGACAUCAGUUCUUUACAAUCAACACAAAGCCACAUUUCACCUCUGCCACAUGGAAAUAAGAUGUUCUGUGUCAAACCUGGUUUUAAUGACAUUUGCUCGGAUUUUAUCUUCACGUCAAAAAACUGUGUGAACGCAUUCUUUACCCUCACCAAAUACAUCACUGAUGAGUUUUUGAAACCAGAGGAAAUAAAACAGAUUCCUGCAGAUAAACUUCCUGCAGAAAUAAAACCAGAAUUACCACCAAACUGUAAUACCCUCACCAGUAAUUACACCUGCUGGGAAUACAGCAGAGACAAUGAGCUGAAGACAUUGUCUGAACUGGAGCCUUUCACUGACUACAGUUGUACUGGUCAGAUCAAGGACAACAAUGUCCUCAUAAAAAACACAAGUGUUCUUCGCUUCCGGGUUGACUGUGAUCUAACAAUAACCGUCACAAAGCCAAGUCCAACUAAUACGUCCGUUGAGUUGAUUUGGGAAACAACCAGUCAAAAGUGUGAAGACAACUAUCUUCAGAAUCUUAAAUACUUCUGCAGCUGUGGAAACGCUCCCCUCGCUCAUAGAACUCCAGGUACCAAACUGAGGUCAGGAGGAGAGUGUAACAUUUCUGGACUGAAGCCAUUCACCAAAUACAAAUGUAAAGUCCAGCCUACUUACAACGGUCAACAUCUCAAGGAACAUCACCAAAACAUUGAAACUCAAGUUGGAGUACCGGAACCAGUUACAAUGAAACUGCAUCUUCAAGAGCAUAAUGUGAUUCAAGUGACAUGUGACCCUCCACAGUUUAAUGGGCCUCAGAAAACCUACAAAGCACAAGUCUAUUAUGGUAGUGAGAGAGUGGGAAAUAAAGAACUAAGUAAUACAUGUGGCUUUGUAUUCGACAAUCUGAGAUACUCCACAACCUACAAAGUGCAGGUGACGGCAUCCAAUGGCAAAUUCGAGAGCGCCCCCAACAUUAACUCAAUUACUACCAACUAUGAUGACAAAGCUGUCAUUGGUUUUCUCAUCGUCCUCACGCCUCUGGCUCUGCUGCUUGUUACCUACAUGAUCUACAUUCUGAAGAAGAGAAGGACUCGUGACGACAACAGAGAUGAGGUGUUUCUGUCAACAGUGAUUUACAGUUGUGUUCCUCGAUCUCACGGAGGAAAAUCCUGAUGGAGCCGCAGAUGAAGUCACUUUUUACUCCUUAAAGCUUGCCUUAACUAAGAAUUUAUUAAUAAUAACACCAUUAUUUCUUUACAGUAAGUGUCAGAAAUGUAUAGAUUAUUAAGUAAUCAACCCUUUAACACCUAAGCCUCAAAAUGUCCAUAUGGACUUUCUUUUUUUUUGUUAUUUUAACCAUAAAAGGACCAGAAAAUGUCCUGUGAGUAAGUGCUUUUGCCCAUUUUUCCAGAAUAACUUUCAAUAUCUGGGAGUUACUUACAUUUUACUGCAUGUUAAAAUAGUGUACUGACAAUUUAAAAUGAAGACAUUUUGAAUAUGAACUGCAUAAAACACAUUUAAAAUAGCAGUUGUUUGAGUUUUUGCCCAAUGUCCAAAAACAGGCCAAAAAUGGUCAAAUGGAAACUAUCUACAGGUAUUUUUCCAACUCUUUCCUCUCUGGCGACAAAGACGCUGAUUCGCCGGCUUCCUGCAAAAGCAUGAAUAAAAUUACCGCAAUAACCACACAUUAGCUUUGACUUGCAACUUCUCAAAUUUCUGAAAUUGGAAUUCUUCCGGUAGCACAAACCGUCGCGAAACUACGGUUACCGCGAUAAACUUGGUGUUUAAGGUUUAAGUUAACGUGACACGGAAAGGCCUGAAUAGACAGAGUCGAUUGCUGAUAUACAAACUUAAUUUUAAUUCUUUCAUCUCAAAUUAUUUUAAUGUGAAAUUGACAUCUAUUCAUUGUGCCUCCCUCCAUAUUUUAAAGGAAAGAAAACAACAAUAUGUUGUUGAACACAGAACUGUGUUUCCCCGACAGCCUGUUAUAAGAAUCACAAAUUUGAAGUCUAACGGCAGCAGGAAAACAAGAUUUGUAAAUGAGUUCAUUAAUAACUUCAUAAAACUGAAUUUUUUGCAGAUGUUGUCGACCUGCAGACAAUGAGACAGAAGUGAAGUGAAAGUUCAGGGUAACGGCUGUAAGUGCAGCAAUGGCAGAACAGUAUAUUUUUAAAAAGCACCUGUGCCUUGUACCUUCAUCAUUGCUGUAAAUGUUUUAUUGUUCAGUUAUGAUAUUUGUGCCCCCUGCAGGGCAUUUCAGACUCGGUCCAUUUUGUAUUUCACUGAUGUGUUUCUGUGUUAUUUUUUGUGUGUGAGCCUAACAAACGUGCAAAAUAAAUAAUAAAUAUGUAGCCCUCUUUUGUAUAUUUCUUUUGUAUUUGGCUUUUUGGAUACAUCAUUUCACUUAACGCAACUAAAUAUUGCGUCUUGUGAGGAGGUUGAAUUUCCAUUGCUAAAUAUACACAAGCACGAUUCAUAUGCAGAUGCUUGGAGACCAGAGAUGUUUCAUUUUCCCCAAUGCUGAAUAACUGGAGGGUUUAACUAAAACAAUGUCCCACUGUCAGUGUUGAUUAUGUCGGGGUUUUUUUAUUUUUUGAAUUAUGAGUUCAUAUGCA